AUGGCUUUUAUUAUUUUUUAUUACCGUCAUAAUGUAAAAUUAAAUUGCUUUGGCGAGAAAUAUAUCAAAAUGGACGAAGAUAAUAAAUCAGAUACUUCAAGUAAUAAUGGUUCAUUUGGGGAUGCUAGCAAGUCUAUCUAUGAGGCUUAUAUCGAUAUUGCGCCUAAUGAGCAGCAAUGGAAAAAAGACAAAGUUUGUCAUAUCUGCAAGAAAAAAUUUGGAAGCAAAAUUUCUCUGAUAAACGAAAAGAAAUUUCGCUGCAAGUUCUGCUGGAGAGGCACAUGUGGGGAUUGCUCAAAAGCAAGGGCAAUGCAUCCUGAUUUUGAAAAACCUCAGCGUAUCUGCAAUGCUUGCUUCCAAAAAUCAAAGGAAAACAGAAUUUCUGAAGGUUACAGCAUAGAGCUCAAUAGAGCAAGAUCAGAAAAAGACCUGCUUGAGCUGCAGCUAGAAAGCCUAAAACGAGAAACUCAGCAAUCAAUAAAAGAAAAAGGCCAACUUGAAGAAAAACUAGAACAAGUGCAAAAAGAGGUAAGUCUGGAAAUUGCAGAGCAGCAGCUGUCUGUUGAUGCAUUAAAAUCACAAAGAGAUGAAAUUUCGAAAAAAUUCGAGGGGUUAAAAUCUAGCCUAACAACAACUGAAGAGGAAAGAAAUGAAAAAGAUAGAAUCCUGGAUGAGUUAGAAAAAGAGUUAUUUAGCUUGAAAAAUAAUAAGUGUGGCGAAAAAGAUGAAAUUGGAGAUCUUAGAAAUUUGCUCGCGGAAAAGCAAGAUGAAAAUGUAAGACUCCUCAGAAAGCUUGAUGAGAAAAAAGCACCACCCCCUGGAGAAAAUAACAAGCAAAGAAAAAGAAGAGAGAAAGAAGAAAAGUUCAGAGAAGAAAUAGAGGAAUUACUGGACCAGAUUAAAGCUGUUCAAGAUGAAAAUAAAUUGUUUAUUAAAGAGAUAUCAGAUAUAAACACAGAAAUAAGCAGCAUCGAUGUAAAAAAACAAAAUCUGCAAGAUGAGCUGGAAGAACUAGAAUUUGGGCCAAUUGCUCUGCAAAGACCUGGAGUAAGACAAUCUAUGAUACAAAUUGAGGAACAAAAAAUAAAAGAACUUAAAGAAAUUAUCCAAGAUCAACAACAAAAAAUUGACAAAUUGAAAUCAGAAAUUCAAAAAUCAAAACCGAUAAAUGACAGAGAAAUGAGCAGUGCUGACAUAAAUUAA